AUGAGUAUAAACAAUGAUAAUAGAGGACAAUAUCAAGUUGUUAAUGUAAAUAAUAAUAUAAAUGAUUGUUCAUCAACAGAUGGAUUUCGUUUUGUUAAUAAAAAUGGUCAUAUUAAUGCUAAUUAUUUUUCUUUUGGACGUACAAAACAAAUGCAUUCAAAUAUAAUUUUAUUUGUUAUACAAGCUAAAUGGUGGCUUGUAUUAUCAAUUACUUUAUUUGGUUUUAUAUCAAGUUGGUUUAUAUUUGCAUUUCUUUAUUUUCUUAUAUCAAUUGAACAUGGAGAUUUUGUUUUAACUGAAGAAGAUGAAGCUUUAUUAGGAAAUCUAACAAAUUCUACUUAUAGAACAACACCAAUUGAAAAAGAAGCAUGUGUUAAAGAUGUACAUAAUUUUUUAAGUGCACUUCUUUUUUCUAUUGAAACUCAACAUACAAUUGGUUAUGGUUCACGAUAUAUAACAACAGAAUGUAUGGGUGGAAUUCUUGUAUUAACACUUCAAUCAUCAUUGGGAUAUUUAUUACAAGUUAUUGUAACACAAAUUGUAUUUAGUAAAUUAUCAAGACCAGUAGAAAAAUCUCAAUUUGUGGUUUUCAGUGAUAAAGCACUUAUUCUCCCACGAGAUAACCAAUUGACAUUAACAUUUCGAAUAGGAAAUUUAUCAGUUUCACAAUUAAUAUCUGCCAGUGUUCGUUUAUUAAUGAUUCGUCAAAGACAAACACUUGAAGGUGAAAUAAUUCCUCAUCAUAUCUAUGAUAUGGAAUUAACACAUCUUCGUAAUGGUCGUCUUUUUUUUCCUCGACCAACUGUUGUUGAACAUACUAUUGAUAGUCAUAGUCCAUUAUAUGGUAUUCAAAGAUCUACAUUAGAAAAAGAACAUUUUGAAAUAAUUGCAAUUAUUGAAGGUGCUUUUGAUCACACUGGAUUUUCAUGUCAUUUUCGUACAUCUUAUCUACCUAAUGAACUUUUAUGGGGUUAUCAAUUUUCAUCAUGUGAUUCAACACUUGAAGGUUUUGAUUAUAAAAAAUUUAAUCAAGUUGAAUUAGUCGAUACUUAUCCGUUGUGGAUUUAUGACGAUGAACAAAGUGAUGAUCGAACAAGGCCGAAUACACCAUGCAGUUCACCUGUUAUUUAUCGUAAUCCUUUUGUUCGUACAAAUCCAAGUAGAACAAAACAACAAAGUUUAAUCUCUAAAAAUCGGAUUCAACAUCUGACAACUAUUGAUUCAAUUGAUGCAGACGAUGAACUCUCCGAUUCAGCACGUCUUGUUGAUGUUGUAGAAUCGUUGGAAAAAAUAGAUUUAACAGCAGCUGUAUUUUCUAGUGUUCUAACAACAGCUGACCGCCUUGAUCUUUCCUUAUCAUCAACUGUACCGUUUUCUUCAAAUCGAUCACCAAUAUUUGCAAUAGUAUGA